AUGCACAUGCCGUUGAUGCGCGCCCUUAACAAAGUUUGGGGGGGGGGGGGGGGGGGUCGGUCUUUCGAAGCCCGUUUGGUGGAGGUGGGGUCCAAGGCCAUCGUGACGGGCAAGGACUUCCAUCCGGACACGGUGGAGAUGAAGGCUGGAACUUCUCGGUUCGGAGAGAGCGUCGGCCGUGGCGGCGUCGCUGUCGUCCCCCAAGGUGGUCAAGGUCGGCAAGAGAUGGGUCAGGCGGCAGCCCCCGGCGCCCUUCAUUCCGUCCACGCUUUACCAGAAGUCGAGCCGAAAGCUCCGGCUGGGAGUGGAUCAGACCAUGAGGGCAGUGCAGGCGACGCUAAAGCUGUCAAGGUCAAGGGCAGCCAGGAGGCGCACGAGGCCAUCCGCCCUGCCCUUCAAGUAGUCGGCGCAGUCCCCGCCGCGACCGACACUCCCGACGGAAAUCCAGCGGGGGGGGAGGAGGAGGAAGCGGGGUCAGGGGCUGGAUCAGCCUCGGUCAGCAGCGGCGGCGGCGGCGGCGGCGGCUUGGAGGAGCAGCACAGGGCGCCGUACGACCUGGUGUACCGACGGACGCUGGCCAGCGCCAUGGCGGAGUCGGAGGCGGACUUGACCACGGUUUCGCUGGGAGCGGGAGGCGUUUCUCUGGGGGACGGCGAGGAAGUGGUGGACGUGGUGCUGAAGGCGUCGGGCAUGACGACGCUUUUCGAGGGGUUCUUGAAGAUUUCCCGUCGCCCCCACCCCCACCCCGCUAGGUUUUCUGAGGCCAGCUUCAUCAAGGAGCUCGAGGCGAAGGGGGUCGGGCGUCCCUCCACCUACGCGAACCUCCGCGAGCAUCAUCGGUACCCUUCGCACGAGGACGUACGUAAACCUGCAGGGACGGAACCUGACGCCAAGCCUGACGGGCUUCGUGAUGGCAGACCUGCUUAG